GGCAGGGGUAAUAUGCGGUCACUAGGUCAGCCAAGUAGUGACCUAUAUAGGCUUGAGUUCCUCAUAGGAGGCUACCGGAAGUGUGUUGUGGUAUAAGCAGGAAUGACAACUAAUGCGCAUUGAUACAUGCACAUAUUCAUUCGAAUGAAAGAUUCGUGAAAUAGACUUUCUUGUGUUACAGAUAUCAUCUAAAGCAAAGCUCAAGAUCUGCUUCAAACAUGGUGUAGCUGGGUCACUAUGCAGUCAAUAGGAACAUAAUAUUUUUGCCCAUCUUUUUUUUUUGUUAGUUUUUCUAAUUAAAGUUUACACAAGAAUGGCAAACAGAUUAAAAGGCUUAGUAAGUCGCAAUAAAAGGCGCCUCAAAGAAGAUGGUUUUGACUUGGACCUUACUUAUAUUACCCCCAACAUCAUUGCAAUGGGUUUCCCUGCAGAGAAACUUGAAGGGUACUACAGGAAUAACAUGGAUGAUGUCAUCAGGUUUUUAGAGUCCAAACACAAAGAUCACUACAAAGUGUAUAAUUUGUGUUCGGAGAGGAGUUAUGAUCCAAUUAGAUUUCAUAACCGUGUUGCCUAUUACCCGUUUGAUGACCACAACCCACCUAGACUAGAGCUAAUCAAACCCUUUUGUGAGGAUCUAGACAAGUGGUUAUCUUUGCAUACUGAUAAUGUUGCAGCUAUACAUUGUAAGGCAGGAAAGGGUAGAACAGGUGUCAUGAUUUGUGCCUAUAUGUUGCAUAGACAGCGGUUUAGAGAUCCUGAUGCUGCAUUAAGACAUUACGGUGCUACAAGAACAAGGGAUGAGAAGGGCGUGACCAUUCCUAGUCAGCGACGUUAUGUAUUGUACUAUGCUGAACUACUUAAGCCAGGUGUGUCCUACAGACAGGUCAGCUUAUUACUGAAGGGGGUAAAAUUUGAGACCAUCCCUAUGUUCAACAGUGGCUCAUGCAUGCCAUUCUAUGAGGUGUCCCAGCUCAAGGUGAAGGUCUACACAUCCCCAGUAUUUGAUGGUGUUAAAAGGGAGCAAAAAAGUUUCCUCAUGCCUGUGAUGCACUCAAGUCAUUCUGUCCCCAUAUGCGGUGACAUCAAAAUAGAAUUUUUUAAUAAGUCAAAAAUUAACAAACGAGAAAAAAUGUUCCACUUCUGGUUCAACACAUUUUUUGUGACUGAUCGUGAGAGAGUGCAGCAGAAUGGUAGUGUCAGCAAUGGUUCAGGUGAAGAGCCUGCUGAAUAUUUAUCUCUCACCUUGCCAAAGUCUGAACUUGAUCGGGCUAACAAAGAUAAAUCACAUAAAUUGUUUAGUCCUAAUUUUAAGGUGAAAGUACUCUUUGAAGCCAUGCAAGAGAACAGCAACUUAGAGAGAAGUAAAAGUGCAGAUGACAUGUUGAACACAGACAAGUAUUGUAAGACUGGACCAACCCACACCGCCACACAGCCCAACCUGCUGCAUCCAUUCAACUCAUCCAGUAGAUGGACGUCCUCCGCGUCCCCCAUCACAUCGCCCCAGACUCCUCCGCUUCCUUCGCACAUCAAAAACAAACACAGCACCAGUGACCAUUCGCUGCAAGACAAAUAUAUGAUGCUGCACCCAGCAGAUGGUGGCGCCAGGCCAAUAUUUACAGUGGAUCAGGAUCCAGAAACAGCUUCUAUAACAGGCAGCACAGAGGCCAUGUCCCUGGGGUGCAGUGACAGUGAGAUUCAGGAUGACUUGUCCGACACAGAGUCUGAAAAUGAGUGGGAGGACUGUGAGAUCACACAGAUUUCAAAGUGAGAAAAUAAACUGAUAAAAUGUAAUGCAGUUAUAAAGGUUAAAUGAGAUUGUUUUUUUUUAUAAAUAUCUACACAUUAUUUAAGAUGUUUUAAUCUUUGAAAGUCUUAAACUCUAGUUUUUUAAACUACUUACUGCAGGUUUGCGGCUGAUGUAUCUAGUGAGGUAUGAAUGUUUUUUGUUUAUAUGUAAAUAUACUCAUUUUUGUAAGUCUGUCAUAACUUGAUGUGCCUUGAAUGGCAGAUUACUAUUAAUGACACCAAGUCCUAGUUGUGCUUAAUGAAAUUUGAGUCAAGCUAUAUUUGCCUUAAGAAAUGUUAAGAUAUCCAGUUUUGUGGAGCACUAUUUAAACAUUCUAUACAGUGUUUUGUCUUCCAUUGGCUAAUAUGAGAUACUGGAUUUUGAUAGGCUUUUAAUCUUGUAAAGUGGUUUUAAGUUUUUAACAGUCAGUUACAAAUAGUAAUUGGCUUUGUUUAAUGUCGUUUAUUGUUUUGUACAUUUCUUUUUCUUUCUUUCUUUCUUUUAAAUCAUCCCAUGUGUAAAUAUUUGCCUUUGUGCAGAAAUCUUUUUAUUUUCAAGUUGAUUGUACACCAUUUCAAAUGCAAGCAUGUAUUCAACAUGUCACAUUUAUUUUCAUUGUUAUUGUUGAACAAAACUAGUUAAGAUCUUCAUUACUUCAAGAUUGUGAGCUUCAAUUUUUGUUGUUGUAUUUGCCAAGUCACUACUUUAACUGUAACCUUUUUGUAUAUUUAUUUCUGCUUAUGAUCUUAGCUUUCUUUAAAAUUUUGUUGCUGAUCUUAGUCCUCUUUUUUUUCAUUUCCUCUAAGGAUAAAUUACUUAGUCGGUACAUGUAUGUAUUCAUCAUAGCCAUAUAGUUCAAAUGUUUCAAUUCUAUUUUUUUAACAUAAUAUUUAUAAUAGGUCAUAAAGUUAUUUAUGAUCUCUUAAUAGGAAAUUAAAUUAGAUAAUCAAUUAAAAAAUUUAACAAUCUCUUGUCGGUAGUAUAAUCUUUUAAAAUUUUUUUUACGGAUUUUAGUUUAUUUUAAAUCUUGUUUUCUACUUAAAAAACUCACUUUUAAAAUGCUAAAUUAAAUACUUUUAUAAUAUUAAGAAAUACAAAAAUUUAUUCUACUGUUUCUUAAAGUUAAGUUGUAAUAAUUCAAAUGGGAAAUUCAUAGUGAAAAAGCCCAAUAUAAUUGAACAAGUAUAUUAUGUUAUAUCUUGUAAGUUAUGGAAUGCUAAAAGCUUUUUGUUGUAAUUUUCACCUGCUUUAAGUUAUUUAACUCUCCAGUGUAAUGUUGAUGUUUAUACAAUGCUGCUGCUAACUACCUGAACUGUGGAGUGAGGAUAUUUUUAGUCAGACUCUGUGGUUCUGCUUAUACAUUUUUUAAAUCAUUUAUCUUAGUGAAGUAGAAAUCUACUUGCUUCCUAGUCACCUUCCUAAAGGCUUUUUAUUUUGUUGUCAAAAAUCUACAUUUGCCAUAGAUAAAAAAUCUGAAUUGAGUACUAGUAAAAAGAAAACAGUUGUGUGGAACUAUUCUAUAUGUCGUUUCCCCAGAAUCAGACUGUUCUAAUUUCACUUUUAUUAAAUUUUCACAACAAAGCUUUAAAGAAUUGUUCUACUAAACAUUUCCGUAUUAAGAGCUUCAUGAAAUUGGAUUGAUGAAGUUUAAUGAUGGUAAGAGUUUGAAGAGAUUUUAAGCAAAACUAUAUAAUUCUAGAAAAAUAAAGAAAAAAUUGGAGUUAAAAAAGCCUGGUUCUGGGGAAGCCAUGUGUUAUUUAAGCAGGAGCCUUGCAUAUUUUUCUGACCAAUGUUAUGAUAUGAUCUGAAAGUGAAAUAGCCGACCAGAUGAGUUAUGUUAAAAAUCUGUGUAAUAAAUUCUUGUCAGCUGUACCUGCUCACAGGUGUUAUGCUCUGGCUCAGUCAGUUGUUCACUGGUGUUAGGCUCUGGCUCAGUCAGUUGUUCACUGGUGUUAGGCUCUGGCUCAGUCAGUUGUUCACUGGUGUUAGGCUCUGGCUCAGUCAGUUGUUCACUGGUGUUAGGCUCUGGCUCAGUCAGUUCUCCACUGGUGUUAGGCUCUGGCUCAGUCAGUUGUUCACUGAGGUUUUUAUGUCAAUCAUUUAAAAGUUGAAAUUGACUUCAUGAAUGAAAUAAAUAUUGAAAAUGUUAUUGUGCAGCUUCAAUAUCUGUAUAUUAUGCUAAUAAUUAAAUUUAAUCAAAGUAUUCACUUAACUGAUGUAGAGUUGCACCGUAAUAUCUUGUAAGUUGUGUAGAGGUUUGUAAAAAUAGCUGUUUUUUUUUGUAUAUAUGAAUAUAGUUUAAAGAGAAUCAAAUAUAUAUAUAUAUAUAUAAUACAUCGGCAUAUCUUUUGAUGCUUCUGCAUCCUGUUGCAGAAGUAUGAGCCUUCUUUAUGGAGUGCACAACCUUUCUCAGAAUAUAAUACUGUGUUAUUUUAUUUAUUUGAGGAGAAAAAAAAACAAUACAAAAUUUUAAUUAAACAGAAGUAUUAAUUUACCCUCCGUGGUUUUGGCAGUAUAUUUGUUUAAAUUAACUUGUAAGGCUACUAACAUUUGUUAAAAAAUGAUAUGUAACAAGAUGUCCUACAUUCUCUGUGUUUAGACUUUUUAUCCAAUGCAUCAUGUUGUUUGUUGCAAGAUGAUUGUCUCAGGAAAAAAAAAACAACAAAAGACAAGGUUUAGAUAUUGUAAAAAAUAUUGUUUAUUUCUUAUAGUAACAUGUUCAGUUUUUUUUAUUAUUACAGACACACAUUGUUGUAAUCUUACUUAAAUUGACAUUUUAAAAAAAUAUCCUUUUUAAUCCACUUUAUAGUGACAUAUUUUGGUGCUUAAUAUUCUAAAAUGAGAUUAUAAACUUUUUGAAAAAUUGUUACAAAAUUAUCUUUUUCCUGAAAAUGAAAAUUUUAUGGCCUAUUUAGAAAAAAUUAAUUACUAAUAAAAAAUCAGUUUGACAAUGUUUAUUUAGCUUCCUCUAUUAGUCAAUGAUUUCUUAAGAUCUUAAUUAACUGCUAUUGAUUUAAAACUAGCUAAUAGCCUGGGUGGUUUGGAAUGGUCACAAAAAACAACAAUAAGCAACAAUAUUAGUGUAGUUAACCUCUGUGCCUAUACAUAAUCAACAACAAUGGAUGAUGACCCUCUGUGUUUUUGAUAUUAUUCUAUGUACACUUUUUCCGCCAUAUAUUUGAAAGACUAUAGAAUGGUACAACUGGUUGACUGUUGUCAUGUAUGUCUAGCCAUUCAUGUGGUUAAGAAUGUUUGUUAUUCAAAAAGAUAUUUAUCCAAAAGUCAGCUGUUUUGUUUUCAUUACUGUUUUUUUUUCUCAUACGUUUUUUUUUAUCCCUGUUGUUUGUAGCUUUAAACAUAUAUUAAUUUUUAUGACUAGUCCUUAUUGAAAUGUUUUCUGUUGUAACUUGAAACUAAAAACUUAUAGAAAUUAUGAAGCAUAUUUACUUUUCAUUACUACAAAAUGUCAUGAAAAAGAAAUACAUUUCAUAUAAUUUAUCAAGAAAAGUUAUACAAAUGAUUUUAAUAAAAUUGAUUUUUUUAAAGUCCCAUUAAUAUUUGUAAUUACAAAUAAUAGUCCUGGAUAAUCAAUGGGGGG